AUGGUGCCUACACCAGCGGGACAAUCGAGUAGUCAACCGCUGCCGGUUAAAGAAUUGGGAUAUUUCAAGAAGAUUGUGCCAUUUAAAAACCUAAUUUUUACCCAAAAUUCGCAGAAAAGCUAUGAGCAGAAGCAAUACAAAACGGGACUCAAGUUUGCCAAACAAAUCCUCUCGACUCCCCAGUUCGCGGACCACGGAGAGACCCUAGCGAUGAAAGGAUUGAUUCUGAAUUGUAUGGGAAAGCUGACAGAGGCUCAGGAGUGUGUUAAGCGAGGACUCAAGUCGGAUUUGAGAUCCUACGUGUGUUGGCACGUCUACGGACUGAUUCAGAAGACGGAGAAGAAGUACGACGAGGCUAUUAAGGCCUAUAAGAGAGCUCUGAUGAUUGACAAGGACAACAUUCAAAUUUUGAGAGAUUUGUCGCUGUUGCAAAUUCAUAUAAGGGAUUAUGAUGGGUAUUUGGUAAGUUUUGGUUUUUUUGGAAUACUGAAAAUAGUCCUUGGAGCUUCGAAAUACGAUCUUCUGCGUCUCCGUCAAAACCAACGUGUCUCAUGGCUCGGCUACAUCGUUGCUCAUCAUCUCCUCAAAGAGUACUCUCUGGCUCUUGGAAUUAUUGCUGAGUACAUCAAGAAUAAUACACCGUCCGGCUACGAUUUCGAGUUCUCCGAGCUGAUUCUCUAUCAGAAUUUGAUAAUGCGAGAAGCUGGACAGCCUGACGUCGCGCUUCAGAAGUUGGAAGAGAACGCGGCGCAUAUUGUGGACAAAGUGGCCUAUAUGGAGACUCGCGCCAACCUGCUGAUGGAUUUGGAGCAGCCGAAACAGGCGGAGCAUGUGUGGAGAGCGUUGAUUCAGAGGAAUCCCGAGUGUUUGGAGUAUUACGAUAUGUUGCAGACGUGUAUGGGCAUUAAAGAAAAUCCAAAAGCCCAACUCGCAAUGCUCGAUGCUCUUGCGGAAAAGUACGAAAAAGCGGCAGCACCACGUCGUCUGGCCCUCUAUCUCGUCGAAGGUGAAGAACUCCGUCGUCGCCUUCACGAAUGGAUGAUUCCGAUGCUCCGAAAGGGUGCUCCAUCGCUGUUCGCUUCUCUCGUCCCCCUCUACAAAUAUCCUCAAAAGAUUGCUGUCAUCGAAUCGCUCAUCAACGAAUAUGUCAAUAAAAUGGAUGACGAGGGAUAUGGAAACGUGAAUUUGGAAGGAAAUUCUGCAGAAUGCGAGCCAGCAACCACGGCUCUCUGGUUGUACGUCCUAGCUGCCUACCACUACGAUCGUGUCCAUAUGGUACAGCUGGCACUGAACCAUAUCGAUAGAGCCAUCCAACACACGCCUACUGUAGUUGAGAAUUAUAUGCUCAAGGCUAGAAUCUAUAAGCAUGCUGGUGACUAUGAUGAGGCUGCUCGUUGGAUGGAAGAGGCUCAAUCGCUGGAUACAGCUGAUAGAUAUAUCAAUGGAAAGUGUGGAAAGUACUUGCUCCGCGCGAAACGACCAUACGAGGCGAACAAAAUGUUGUCAAAGUUCACAAGAGAGGGAGAGAAUGCUGCAAGUCACUUGACGGAUAUGCAAUGUAUGUGGUAUGAGCUAGAAAGUGGACGAUCGUUCCGAGCAGUUGGGAAGUACGGAGAGGCACUCCGGAAAGCACAUCAUGUGGAAUUCCAUUUCAACACCUGGAUUGAGGAUCAAUUCGAUUUUCACACUUAUUGCCUUCGCAAAAUGACCCUAUGCUACUACAUUCGUCUUCUCCGGAUGGAGGAUAAGCUCCGUUGUGCUGAUUAUUACUAUCAGGCGGCGAAAUUGGCAAUUAAAAUCUAUCUGAGAAUGAUUGAUCGACCAGAUGAUAUGAAUGAGCAUGCAGCGAUGAUAAAGGAGGGAAUGACAGAGAAUGAGAUUAAGAAAAUGAAGAAGAAGCUGAAGAAACAGAAGGAGGCGCAAGAGGAGGAGGAGAAGAAGAAGAAGGAGAAGGAGGUGAAAGAGGAGGGACUCCAGAGAGGACCACAGAUUGAUGCUGAAGCUCUUCUGAAGACGGAGGAUCCAUUGGGAGAAGCUGCGAAGUUUGCGAAUAAUAUUCAUACUUUUGGAACUCCAAAGGUUACUGGAUACGCUCUCUGUGCAGAAGUCUAUCAACGGAAGGAAAAGGUUCUUCUGGCGUUGAAAUGCCUGAAUGAAGGAGUGAAGAGGGAUCCCAAACAUCCAUUGUUGCAUAUUCAGAAGGUCAAGUUCUUGAAGGCGUGGCCAACCUAUGACUUGACAGGGUUGGUCAGGGAAACGGCUGAGGAGCUGGUGAAGCUGGUUUAUGGAGAGGAGAAGGAUGCUGCGAAGCUUAACGAUAAGUUCAAGAUUGCGAAUCAACACGAUUUUGCGUCCAGAUUGGCUUAUGCCGAAGCCGAAACCUUCCUUCAUCCAACCGUGUCGCAGGCCAAUUGGCUUCUGAAGUCUGUCGAAGAUUCCAGUGUAAACGGAAGAUCCCUGAGAAUGAUGAUCAAGCUGAAGGAUGGAAUCGAGUACGGAAAGUAUGGAAAAUGGAGCAAGGAAGAGAACGAUAAACUCCGCAAACUAGUCGUCGGCAUGUUCCCAUUGGCUCUUGAUUUCGGAGGAGGUGUACCCAAAACGGCGACAUCUUCGACUUCUGACGCCUCGACAGCUUCGACGUCUUCUGAAUCCAAAUAG